AUGGCGUUCCCCUCCGUGCUUGCCCCGUCCUUGCUGCGUCCGCCCGGCCGCGGCUGCCCCGCCACGAUGCGGCUGCCUCGCCGCGGUGCGUCUGCCCCGCCACGCCGUGGCCGCCUCGCUGCGUCCGCCCCGCUCGCCGCGCCACCACGGCCGCCCCUGCUCGCCACGCCACCGCGGCUGCCCCUGCUCGCCAACGGAGGGAGCUCCACGGGGAACCCGCCGGUGCCAUGGCUAUGGGCCCGAGCUCGAUCCGCACGCCAGGCCGCGCGAAGGCCGCCCCGCCGCGGGCCUCCACCGCCGCCGCCCCUGCUCGAGCUUGCGCCGUCCCGCCCCGAGGGAGAGGGGAGAAGGGGUGCUGUCGCCGCCGCGACGAGCUGGAGCAGCCGCGGCGAGACGAGCUCCAGCCGAAGCAGGGGCGCCGCCGCGGCGGCGAGCCCGCACGCUGCCCACGCCCGCCCGUCUGCUCCGUCCACACUGCGUGCCGCCCACGCCUGCGCAGACGCCGGUGCCACGGCCGCCGGGAUAGGAGGUGGAGGGACGAGGGGCGGCGGAGGGAGAGGGGGCGGCACGGUGGCCCGCCUCGCUGCCUCCCCGCCCUCUCCGGCGGAGGGAGCGGGGGCGGCACGGCAGCUCGGGAGGAGGGAGGGCGCCAAGUCCGCCUCGCCAUGGACGGCGCGGGCGUGGGAGGAGGAGGGAGGAGGAGGGGCGCCGAAUGCCGGAGCAGAGAAGAGCUGA